CGACAAUCCCAUUGUCACCGCGUCCAGCACGGUCGGAUUCAUCCUCAUUCGCUUCAAGGACUACUAGGCCAGAGUUUGCCACGUCCCAGAAGAGCCAUCGGACUGAUGACGGCCAUCGAAGCACCCGUUCCCCUCUCAUCGUCUCCGAGUUUUGUCAAGAUGGAAGAGCGAAAGAGACCCAGCCCUUAUGACCAGAUCGAAUCCGCUCCUCCGGCCAAAAAGCAGGCCACCUCUGCCAAUGGCGCCUCCAAAUCCCAUAAAGACGAUGACAUGCCCUGGAAGGAUGACCUCGAGAGAUUUCAGAAAGAUGCCAUCUACCGUCAAAUGCAAGAGUACAAGCGUGAAAAGAACACCCUCGAGUCACAAUUAAAAGAAAUGCGCAAGAAGUCCCGAUAUCAUGAUGACCAUCUCCGUAUCAUCGAUUCUUGGUUUCAACAAGUGGUUGAUGAGAUCAAGGUCAUUGCACAAGGCGAUGACGAUGUAGACAUGGACGCUUCCUCGUCACCGUCGUCGCUACUGUUUGGUGAUCAAGAACAAUUCGAAGAACACUUGCGCAACCGAUCAAAAGAAAUCAAAUCUGUGAUCUCGAGAUUGUUCCAACCUUCAAAAGCCUGUGCGCCGGACGUAACUGAGUUACAAUCUCGUAUUGGUCGGCUACUGGCCGCCGAAAAGGGUCACGUGGUCGAACUGCGGAGGUUAGAAGCCGAGAAAGAAGACCUGGAAAAUCGACUGGAGAAUGCCUCGUUAAGAUACAUGAUGGCGGAAAAGAAGAUUGACCGGGCCAAAAGUGUCACCGUGGCUAAGCUUGAGAAACAGGCUCUUCUUGGAGGCGCCAAGUCAGCCCAUGAAGAGAGCGGACCGGUGAAGCGGGAAGAAAGCACUACCAACGGCACCUCAGACAAUUCAGAAGAGUUGGCGGAAAUGGAAAAGGAGUUGAAUAAGACGACAGCGGUCGCGGAGAAGCAGAAGGAACAGCUUGAAAAGCUAGAAGAAGAAAACGCCAAGUUAACCGCACAGCUCACUGAACUGACAGCCAAAUCAGCAAUCACAACGGAUGAAGAUUACGCCAAAACCGAAUUAUUCAAACAGUUAAAAUCUCAGCAUGAAGAUGUUAUCAAACGUAUCAAUAACCUGGAGGCGACCAACACUGAACUGAGAGAAGAGGCUCAGAAAUUACGAUCAGAGCGAUCUGCCUAUCAGAUUCAACUGGAGAACGAAGCCAGGAAUGCCGUUGCCGAGAAAGAGUCGCUCUUAGCAGCAUCAGAAUCUAAUUUGGCGCGAAUCCGGCAUAACCGAGAUGAACUGCUGGCAGAUCAAGCUGUUAAAAAGGCAUCUCUGGAUCAAGAGCAGGAGGCAAUCAAGAAAAUGGCCGAUCUGGUAUCGGCUCAAGAAGAUCGAAUCAAAGCACUGGAAUCGGAAACACAGCGUUUGUCCGGAAACUCGGUUCAAAUGCUCGUGGAUAAUGCAGAGCUGGACUCUGUCAGCAUUGACGAACUGCGGACUAAAUAUCGUGAACUCUCGCGAAAUUACACGCUCCUCAACGGAGAGCUGAGUUCCAUGUCGACCGCCUUCACCAAAGCAUCUCGCACGGCGGGGCAAAAGGUUUCGGAGUUUGCAGCGCUGGAAGAGAAGGUAGUACGUCUACUGGCAGAGAAAGCCAAAGCGGACCAGAAAUAUUUUGCGGCGAUGAAGAGCAAGGAAACCCGAGAUGGAGAAAUCCGGACGUUGCGAUUGCAGAAUUCAAAGUCGGCCGAAGUGGUGGCUGCGUUGAAAGAUUCUGAAGCGGCUAGUCGAGGGCUGUUGUCGACACUGGAGAAACAGCUUUCGGAGCUGAAAGAAGUGUUGAACGCAAAGACCAAUGAGCAUCGAAAUGUUCAGCAACAGAACAUGACCCAAGCUCUCGAGGUAACGCGCUUGACGAAUCAAGCCAACGAACUCAAAUCUCAACUCGCUGUCAAAGACGCCAAGGUGGCUUCGGUAUCAUCUCUUUGCAGAACGGCUGAAGCAGAAGUGGAGGAAGUCAAAUCUCAUCUCAAAGACACCAGACGACAUUUAGAGCUGUGGAAGAGCAAGUCGGGACAAUCGGAGCAGUAUGAAGUGCUACGACAGUUUGCGUAUUGCAACAUCUGCAAGCGAAACUUGAAGAACACAGUCAUCAAGACAUGCGGUCACACAUUCUGCAAUGACUGCGUCGAGGAGAGACUGACAAGUCGGUCAAGGAAAUGUCCCAAUUGUGGAAAGAGUUUUGGCAGCAACGACCACAUGCGCAUCACCCUUUAGUCGGUAUGCACCGUGUGUGGUGGGAUGGGAGCUGUUCUGGAAUCUCCUCCCUAAACCUCAGUAUGUGACCAGCCAAACCUGACACAGAUUCUGUACGAAUAUAUCCAUUUUCACAUCCUCAUCGACUCCUGACGUUUCGAUCCCCUCAGAAGAUGGGCGAGUUGAAUCGAUCCAACGAGUAUACAAAAUUCUUCUCUCGGUCGCUAGUCGUUGAGUGAUUGCCCGGCCACAUCAUGUGUGUUGGACGAGGGUCGAGCAUUGGAUAUGACGCCUCGUCUAUCAUUAUGAUGUGGGCAGGGAUUGCAGCAGCAUGGGUCGCAAUCCAUGCUGACGUAUGACCAUUGCGGGAGGAUACUGAGAUGGAUGUCAACCGUACAGUAAUACGAUGCGUCACUCGUCUGCGGCAAGGAAUUGACGCGAAGGUGUCCGACCUUCGGAGAACGCAUUCCGGCGUCAGGGAGAUAAGAUAGGUGUGAGAUGUACUAUAGCACAAAACAACCAUUUUGACCGGACCAUGCCACUGAUGGUAGGUUGACAUGUUGCAAAAUGUCGACGUGUGGUUUUGUAGAUGGUUGAAUCAUAC